AUGGAAGGCAGUCUAAAGCCGCUCAGCCUGGGGAGGGGGCCACCAGGGCUGGGAGACAGCCACGCCCUGGCUGAGCUCCAAGAGCUGGCCCUGAGGUGGUUCAUGGAGACGCAGGCCCCCUUCAUUCUGCAGAAUGGGUCCUUGCCCCCCUGGUUUCACGGAUUCAUCACCCGCAAGCAGACGGAGCAGCUACUCAGGGACAAAGCUCUUGGUUCCUUCCUCAUCCGCCUCAGUGACCGGGCUACUGGCUACAUCUUGUCCUACAGGGGCAGUGAUCGUUGCCGGCAUUUUGUCAUCAACCAGCUCCCAAAUCGGCGCUACCUCAUCUCAGGGGACACCCACAGCCAUGGCACUCUGGCUGAGCUUGUGCGCCAUUACCAGGAGAUGCAGCUGGAGCCCUUUGGGGAGACACUGGCUGCUGCCUGCCCCAGGCCAGAGAACAAUGAUCUGUAUGAUGCCAUCACUCUGGGCCUCCACCAGACCAGCCUGAGCGUGGAAAAUCCACCUGCUAUGGCACAGCCUACAGUGGUCCCUGCCAAGGCCACCAGCCCCUGCCUCUUUCCAAAGCCCCAGGUCUCCUUCCUCCAUGCACAGAAGAGCCUGGAUGUGAGCCCCUGGAACUCUGAGGAGGAAAGCAUGGAGGCCCCCAUGAGAGUGCCCCCCCUCCCUGAGAGAAGGGCCUCCCUCCUGGACGAGUCUUUUGGAGGCCCCAGUGACGUCAUCUAUGCAGACCUGAGGAAGAUGAACCAGGCAAGGCUGAGCCUGGGCAUGGAGGUGCCUGGUGGGCAUGGGCCAGUUCCAGCUGGCAGCCAGGCCUGUUCCCCAGGCAAGGAGGCCCAGAGGAGACUCUCAGAUGGAGACCAGAAUAAGCUUGAUGUCCCAGAGCCUUCCCUCUCUGGAGUGAGCCCAGUCCAGGGUCCUACUGGGUCUCCCACUUCCUGGGGAUUCCUUGAGCCCCCCAGUUCUGAUGUCCUGGGAUCUCUGACUGCAACCUGGAGGCAGGGGUUUCUGAAGCUGAGCCAAGGGGCUCAGCUCUGUCCCCAGAGCAUCUCUGAAGAUACCUAUGAGCUCGUGGGAACAGCAGGCCUAGCAGAAGCCAGGGAUGUACCAAACCAGGGAGGCAGUACCUAUGAGCAGAUCCCAGCCUGCUGGGGUGGCCUGGCCCGGCCUCCACAUCCUGGGGCCAGUCCCACAUAUAGCAAACUGUCAGGGCCCACGGACUAUGGCUAUGAGAGGAUCUCAGAGACCCCAGGGCUCCCAGAGCCUGGAAACACUUACGAGCAAAUCCCAGCAGCCAAGAGCAAGGAGACCAAACGGACACACAAGCCUGACAAGUUCCGGAGACUCUUCUUCACGGACAAGAAGCACAAAUUCUGA